UUCACUCCAUGAUAGAAGAUAUUGAUCGGCAGUUUUCUUUCCGCAAGCGAAGUUCGACUAUUUUGUGAGAAGACACGUUGCUUUUACUCGCUCAAGUAUUGUCAGACUACACAGACUUCGCGCGAAAUGAGCAAGCAGCGUUGAAAUCAAGAUGCAAUCUUCCCUGGGGACGUCUAGCGGUUUGAGGGUCGAAUCUUUUUUUCCCGCAUCAGAGAACGAAACAGACACUGAUAGCGACUCUGGUGCCUUUUCAAACAAUCGAAGUCGAAGAUCAACAAACGAAGAAGGAAAUCGACUCUCUACACCAGAACUUAUUCGACACGCGUUCAAUCUAGCUGUGAUAAAGGGAAGAAUCAAUUUACGGUUUAACAAUCGAGAUCAUCAUGGCGGGCUUCAUAAAGCUGUAUUGAAUGGGAAGGAGGCUGACGUAGAGCAACUUCUCUCCUCCGGAAAAGACAUAGAUGCGCAUGAUGAGUAUGGGAAGACACCACUGCAUUGUGCCGUGGGGGCUCAGAAGCUUGAUAUUGUUCAUUGUCUUCUCCGCUACAAACCUGAUGUGGAUGCUCAUGACGACAGAGAUGACACAGCGCUACACACUGCAACAAGGACGGGAAACUUUGAUAUAGUACUGGCGUUGCUACGUGAAGGGCACGCCAACCCAAAUGCUGUGGGAAAUUCCGGAUGCAACCCGCUACACAUUGCCGCUCAUUUGGAUCACGUGAACAGCGUCGCCAUCUGUAAACUGCUGUUGCAAUAUAAUGCUAAGAUACUGGCACGUGACCAUAAGAAUAUGACACCUAUUGCGCAUGCUGCCUUACACGGCUGUUAUGACGUCAUGGUCUGCCUCUUCCAUUACUCAAAAGGUCAAGGGAUUUCACGUGAUGAUGUUCUCUUGCAUGUUGAUAACACUGACAGUACAUUGCUUCAUCUGGCAGUAGAAAGUGGAGUCGCUAAGGUUGUCGAGCUUUGUCUUGAAGAAGGAGCAGGACCAAAUGCAGUGAAGUCAUCUGAUGGCAGUACGCCAGUUCAUUUAGCUUCCUCAUACGGGUACAUGGACAUCCUUGAUAUUUUGAUGAAGGCUGUGGCAUUCAUACUGGAUCCGCCUCCUGAUCAAGAUGGAAUGUUGCCCAUUCACAAGGCUGCUCAGUCAAACCAUUCAGAAGUAAUCUCUUACCUCCUCAAGCAGGAUAUGGAUCAAAUCAAUGCAACAGACCACGAACGCCGCACACCUGUGAUGUUAGCGGCACAGUGUAAUUGUUUUGAGACCGCCAAAGUUCUUCUUGAACACGGAGCUAAUGUGGACGUCAGAGACUCCGAAAAUAAAACAGUUUUACACUACGCUAUUGGAAGCUCUGAUAUUGUCAAGGAAAUCCUCAAAGAUGUUAAAGCGAGUGCACUCAUCCGAGCCAAGGACCGACUUGGAAACACCCCUCUUCACUAUGCUGCGUGUAAAGGAUGUGUUAAGGACGCGUCAAUCAUUUUGAUGAAGUACCGAGCGGGAGCUACCAUCACAAAUGGUUCGGGGGAGACGCCGUUACACAUUGCUGCAAGGUACGGCUGCACAUCUGUUGCUAAGAAGCUGAUGGAAGGACGUGGAAAGCGGACGGUUAAUGGUAAUGACGUUUAUGAGAGAACGCCACUCCAUCUGGCAGCACAACAAGGCCAUGACGAACUGGUUGAGUUUUUCCUCAAAAGGGGGGCAAAAAUUGACAGUGACGUACAUGGUCAAACACCCUUACACUAUGCAGCUCUGCAAGGAUCGAAAAGAUCAGCUGAACUCAUCUUAGCGAGUAAGCCUGAGAGUCUGAAUGUUACCGACAAAAACCAGAACACAGCGCUUCACAUGGCAGCCAAAGGUGGCCACGCAGAAAUCCUGAAAUACCUGCUUUCCAAAUCAGAACAACUUGUGUCAGUGAAUGAGAGAAACCAAAAUAUCUUGGAUAUUGCCAUUGAAGCUAGGCAAGAAGCCGUUGCCAUGGGAAUUGUUGAACAUAGAAGGUGGAAAGAAGUGCUUAGAAGUACAACACACGGUUCACAUACUCAGAUACAGCUUCUAGUUCAACACAUGCCUGAAGUGGCAAAGAAAUUUCUCGAUCGCUGUAUUGUGGAGGAGGGCGAUCCAGAGGACGAAAAUUAUAAGGUCUCGUACGAUCUUCGGUUUAUUCAAGGAAUGCCCGAUGAAAAAAGAAAAGAAAAGAACGCUAAGGAAUCUCUUAGUGCUCUCCAUACGAUGGUAAAAUAUCAACGACUCCAGUGUCUCACACAUACUCUAUGUUCAGUGCUUAUGGACAUCAAAUGGCGAAAAUUUGGCUUGGUCUGCGCAUUACUGAACCAGAUUGUUUACAUUUUGUUUGUGUUGCUGUUGAUGAUAAUGAUGAAAAAACAAGUUGAUGCAAAACAUACAUCGGGAACCGACCCAUUGAUAGCGCUGUGUUUUAAAGACAGCUGGAUUCAUGCCAGUGUGUCAGUGUUCCUCAUAAUAGCGUGUGGAUACAAUUUGGCUAAAGAACUUUUUCAGAUGUUUGAUGAAGGUGUAAAGUAUUUGUUUACGCUUAACAACUGGCUUGAGGUGACCCUGUAUGUCCUGACGUUAGUCACGCUUGUCAGACCACGUUCCGAGGAUAUCUCUGAAAUGGGAAUCUGUGUUUUUCUGGUGUGGAUUGUCUUACUACAGUAUAUUAGCAAAUUCAAUUACGUUGGAUUGUAUAUCGUGAUGAUCACGAAGACAAUAAAAACAGUUUCCAAAGUUAUGGUUAUUCUUCUUAUUCUUCUGGCUGCGUUUGCAUUUUCUCUCUACGUCGUGGUUCCAAAAGACGAGAGCGACGCAGGAAAUCGUCGCUUUCACAACAUUUCUUCCUCAUUCGCUGCUACAUUCUUUAUGAUGCUGGAUAAUUUGCAAUAUGACAACAUCCUUCUGAAUUACGAUAGCGAGGACAGCGGUGUAGGCAAUGGCUUGGUGCUGUAUGUGUUGUAUAUUGCAUACUGCUUCAUGAUGCCGAUAAUAUUCCUGAACUUACUGAUCGGUUUGGCUGUUGGAGAUAUUGACACUAUUCGAAAGACAGCUGCACUGGAGAGAUACACGAGUCAGGUGGAGCACCUGUCUCAACUAGAGCGCGCCAUACCAACCUUCAUCCUCAAUAGUGUCCUGGUCACUGAAUAUGUAGAAUAUCCCAACAAACCAAAGAAUUUCAAGACCAAGAUUGUGGACAUACUCGUAAAACUUUUGUCUCCUCGCCAAGAGAACGAUGAGAAACAAGAAAUUGCGGAAGAUCUCAGAGAGACUAUUGAACGACAUGAUGAACAGUUGAGAGAAAUAACUUCAUCUAUAAAGAAGCAAAGCGCAUUACUUGAAGAACUUCGGGACAUCUUCAUGGAUAAAAAGCGAAGACCUAAGCGGGAAGAGCCAGCAGAACAGUAUCCAGACGGAACUGAAUUUUACGUCUAAUUGCUUACUACGUGGAUCCGGAGUAUGAUUGAGUGCAAUAUAACCGCUGCUACAUGGCAUGGCGGACAGGUAGCCUAUUUGCGAGACCUCUUCCCGACGCCAUUUUUUUUCCACUGUAAGGUAUCUGUUGGGAAGUAGGUGCAUUACUCAAGGUGGCAGGCACACCGUUACAGCAGUAAACGCAACAUAUGACAACAAAAUAAACGAUGGCCGCUUCUGAAAAGCCUACGAUGAACACUCAUGGAGAUUUCGAGAAGACUUUCUUUGUGAGCUUUAUGGCUCAAUUAAAACUGCAAAGUUCUCGAACAGGCUGAAAGACUAAGCUAAUUAGCGAAAGAUCAUUAGCUUAAACUUAAAAGAAAGCUCGACAACUUCAAGGGAAAUUAAAUACGACAACAGAAUAUAUGUUCACGGCAUAGUUCGUGGGAUGAGUCAUAAUCAGUUGAGUACUAGAACCAGUGAAAAUGAUCUUCGUCCUUCGGAGUUUUACGUUCCACGAGUCAAUUUCAAAUUAGACAGAUAGAUAAUUAUAUCACCGUAAGAAAGGCUCAUUACUAUAUUGUACAAAAGAGGGGCUUGCAAGGGCACUUUUUUACUUCAAAAUGACGACAAGCAAUUUUUAUUUACGAUGAAAUCGUCUUCACCAACUUCAAACGAGGAGAGUGACAAUUUACAUUUAUCAAUUACCUAAUUUGUUAGUAAAGUUUGAUAUUUGAAAACAUAUAGGUUUUUGGCAGGACCAUAUCAAUUAUUAACAAUGUUUUUCAAAUGAAUUACCCUAUCGAGAAGGUAAGGAAAGACAGUUUAAAUGUUUUAGAAGACCAAACCCAGGUUUUCAAUGACUCUCCCUGUCGUGAGGGCAAGGAAGGACAAUUUAUAUUUUUUGGAAACGAAACGAUUUUAUUAUUUUCCAAUUUACCUUCGCAGUUACUGAGCGCUUUGUCUACUGCAUUUUAGCUGUCUCUUGUUUUAUCACGUUCCCGUGCUGACACUACAGUUGUCAAUGAGAAACUGAGAUUAGAAAACAAUACGUUUUGUGUUUGAAAAUAUGUAAUUUAGUUAAGCUUUUCAAAAGAGCACUUUGUUUUAGUUAAUAGGAUUAAACUCUAAUGAGGAAACAAAAAAUCAAGCAGACAGACCGUCGUCACA